AGCUUCCGUGGCCCAUGUGAAUGGUUGUCCGUAGUGGGGCCACCAAAUAUCUGAAUGUGCUUCAUGUUAUCACAUAUUUAUAUCUUUUGGUGCAAGAGGAUCUGAUAAACCCUUCCGGAGCAAGAGGGAAACCGCUAAGUGGAUGGAAGGGAUGGAGUACGAGAAGGGAGGAAAGAAAGCUAAGGGAGAGGAGUCUGACGUGGCAACACCUGCAGGACAACAGAUCAUUGGCGAGAAAGAGGGAGGAGACAAUGGCAUGGAGAAGUUAUUGUCACAGGGAUGUUCUACCGUUCAUCGCUAUGGUUGCUGUGGAGUGCGCAACUGUCGGGUCGACCACUCUUUUCAAAGCUGCGAGCUUGAUGGGUAUGAGCUUCUAUGUCUUUGUCUUCUACACUUAUGUCGUUGCAACGCUUGUUCUGCUUCUACUUUCAUUGAUCUUUAGGAGCUCAAGAAGAUUUACUUUGCCCAAUUCACCUCCCAUCUUCAAAAUUUUCCUUCUCGGGCUUAUUGGUUUUAUGUCUCAGAUAGCCGGUUACAAAGGUUUAGAAUAUAGCUCUCCGACUCUUGCCUCAGCAAUCAGCAACCUGACGCCAGCUUUCACCUUCACUCUCGCUAUCAUCUUCAGGAUGGAGAAAGUGAUAUUAAGUAGCUCUGCUCCUCAGGCGAAGAUAAUCGGUACCGUGGUAUCUAUAUCAGGUGCUCUGGUUGUGGUUCUCUACAAAGGCCCGGAAGUUUUUUGGGCUGCAUAUUCCACAGCUUCCAUCUCAUAUCUCCGGCAUUUGAAGUCAUCUGAGUCAAAUUGGAUAAUUGGAGGGCUUUUGAUUGCUUCACAGUACCUGCUUUAUUCAGUCUGGUACAUCGUUCAGACUCGGGUCAUGAAGAUAUACCCAGCAGAAGUUACUGUGGUCUUCUUCUAUAACUUAUGUGCAACACUUAUAUCAGCUCCGGUAUGUCUACUAGCCGAAAGAGACUUGUCUUCUUGGCAGCUUAAAUCUCGUGUGGCGCUCACUUCAGAAAUAUACACAGGAUUCUUUGGUUCAUCGUUGGGCACCCUUAUUCACACAUGGGGUGUACAUCUGAAAGGUCCAGUCUACAUAUCGAUGUUCAAACCAUUGUCCAUUGCCAUUGCCGUUGCCGUUGUCAUGGGCGCUAUAUUCCUCGGAGGUAUACUUCAUCUCGGGAGUGCCAUUGGAGGGAUCAUGAGCGUGGGGUUCUACAUUGCGAUUUGGGGCAAAGCAAAAGAGGAUGCAAUCGAAACUAGUUCAGACAUGUCACCGUUGCUGCAACGCAACAGAAAAGUAGAUGAAGUCUGUCAUAACACAGAGAUACGAUUGAUGCAAGUGGAUGCUUCCUUACCUUAUUCAUGCAUUUGGACCAUAACCACAGAAAAAUGCAAAAAAAAAUUGUAGCAUCUUCUUAUCCAAUUCCUGAACGACAAGAGAGUAUCCAGAGAGGCUCAGAAAGGGAACAGAGGGUUAUUCCGUCCGACGGGUUCACGUUCUCGUUUUGGUUUCUGCUUGUUUCUCGAGAAAAUACAUUUUCUAUCUUUCUGCCUUGUGGCUUUUCUCGUUGAAUUUCUGAAUAUAUUUUUGUAGGGUUUGCGUUAA